AUGAGAAACACGAAACAAGAAAUACAAGAAAAAAUCGAAGAGCCCGAAGAACAAAUUCUAUUGUUAGGAGGGGACUUUAAUGCCAGAAUAGGGAACAAAAGGAGGGAAAAAGACGGGGAAAACACACGAAAAUCGAAAGAUAAAGUAGAAAAUAAAGACGGAAAAUUGCUAUGGGAAUUAAUUGAAGAAAGAGGUUGGGAAGUCUUGAAUGGGAUGAAGGAAGGGGACGAGGAAGGGAAAUUUACCUGGAUAGGUAAAAGAGCGGAAUCGGUAAUAGACUACGUAAUAGUAAACGGAUUAGCAGAAGAAGAGGUAGAAACAUUCAAGAUAGGAGAAAGAGUGGACUCCGAUCAUAUGCCACUAGAAGUAAAAGUGAGGGGCAUAAGUAGAGGGAGCGGAUGCGUAAGGAAUGAAGUAGGAAAAGAGAAGAAGAUAUGGUGGAAGAAGCAUUUUAUGAAACUGUUGAAUGGAAAGGAAGAGAGAAUUGUAGUGCAAGAUAGUAAAACUGGGAUUGGUGGUAGAGAAAGGGAAGCGGAGAUUCGAGUAGAGGAAGUAGGAAAACAAGUAGGAAGACUGAAAAGGGGAAAAGCACCAAGGAGGGAUGGAUUGAGCAAGUUAAUGAAUGAUGUGUGGACGGGUAAAGGUUUUCCCAGGGAAUGGAGAGUAGGACAAAUAUGUCCAAUUCAUAAAAAGGGUAGUAAAGAAAAAGUAGAGAAUUAUCGGGGAAUAACUCUUCUAAAUACGGCAUAUAAACUCUACGCAAUGGUGUUAAAUGAAAGUUUGGUGACAGAGAUGAACGAAAAGAGUAUAUUACCGGAAAGUCAAGCAAGAUUUAGAAGAGGUAAAGGGGCUAUGGACAAUGUAUAUAUCCUGCAUCAUCUAAUAGAAAAAGAGUUACUAAAGGAAGGAGGUCGGGUACAUGCACUGUCUGUAGACCUAAAAGCCGCGUUUGAUACGGUGGACAGAGAGUGUUUGCGGGAAUGCAUGGAAAGAAGAGGACUGAGUGAAAAGUUAAUUGUAGCAGCAAGAGAGAUUUAUAGAGAGACAGUGACUAGGGUGAGAGUGCGAGGAAUAGAAAGCGAAAUGUUUUGGACGACGAAAGGAUUGAGACAGGGAUGCCCAUUAAGUCCCAGUCUGUUUGUUUGUUACAUAAGUGAUAUCGAGGAAAUGUUUAGAGGAGUACAAGCGGGAGGAAUUGUGGUGAGGAGAGGAAAGAUAUGGGGAUGGAAGGAAUAUGCAGAGAUUGAAGCAGUACAAGAAAAAUAUUUGAGGUGGAUGUUAGGGCUACGGAAAGAGACGCCAGGCUAUAUAGUAAGAGAAGAAUGUAAACGAGAGAAACUAAGAAUAUACACUGGGAAAAGAGCUGUAAAGUAUGAUGAAAGGUUGAAAGAAAGAGAGGAAUGUAGGAUAUUGUAUGAAUGCUGGAAGGAAAAAAAAAGUAAGCAGGGAAAGAACAUCAUAAAGGUAGACAAGGAUAUUAUGAAAGACUGGGACACACAUGGAUGGAAAUAG